AUGAACAUGAAACCGAAACAACCGUACGGAAACUCGCGAAAUGUGACGAAAAUACUAACUGGCCGUGCCUACUGGGAUAUGGAGCAUGUGCUGCGGAAGCGCCUCCGAACAGCGCCCCAGUUUGUGGAUAACAUCGAGCUCGAGGCGGAACUGCGCGGCCACAAUGGUUGUGUGAACUGUUUGCAGUGGAGCGACAAUGGGCACAUCCUUGCGUCCGCGUCGGACGACUUCCAUGUCAUGCUGUGGGAUCCGUUCCGUCACAAGCAGUUACAUGAUCUGGUGACACCACACGAGGGUAACAUAUUUUCCGUAAAGUUCCUGCCGAAACGAAACAAUUCCCUCCUGGUAACUGGUGCCGGCGACUGUAAAACCUUCGUGUUCGAUAUCAAUCGACAGAACGAUUAUCCGAUUCGGCAGUGCAAUUGCCACACGCAGCGUGUUAAACGCUUGGCCACAUCGCCUCGCAACGUACACAUGUUUUGGUCUGCCGGUGAAGACGGAUUGGUACUGCAGCACGACCUUCGGCAACAGCACGACUGCCGUGGUCAGGACGCGAACGUCCUGAUCGAUCUGCAUAGCGAAGUGCUGGCAGCGCCGGAAGUGAAGUGUAUCGCUAUCAACCCACAACGGCCGGAGCAGCUGGCUAUUGGAGCAAACGACAUCUACGCUCGGCUGUACGAUCGGCGAAUGAUUUCUCCUGGCAAGCUUGAUCGAAGUGUGAAUGCUAUCGGUGAACCCGCCAACGGGUCGGAGGUAAGUAUUCCAAAGGAUGGUUGCGUGAAAUACUUUUGUCCGGGCCAUUUGGGGAGCAAGUAUCAGGCGGCCCAUCAGCUGGGCGACAUUUAUCAGUACAAAGCGGUCACUUACCUCACAUUCAGCCCGGACGGCACAGAGUUGCUGGCCAACAUGGGUACGGACCAUAUCUACCUGUAUGACGUCACCCAUCCACGACAUCCACUGUUUCUAGAAUUGCCAAAGUUCCCCAGUACGCCCGAAGGUGGUAAUGCGAAUGAUGGCGACUGCAAUGGUGGAGAUAAACUAACUGUUGGGGCAGAGAAAACGAAACACAAGUUCCCACCGGAUGUGGAGCAGCUGAAAAAGGAAGGCAACGCCAGUCUGGAGAAGGACCAGUUCCUGCAGGCAAUCAACAAGUACACACAAGCGAUACAGAAAGUAAAUGGCAAGGACUGUGCCAUAUUUUACCUAAAUCGUGCAACGGCUCUGAUGAAACGCGGUUGGUACGGAGAUGUGUAUGCUGCGGUACGCGACUGUCAUACGGCGUUGCGCCUGGAUCCGCACUACGUGAAAGCUCAUUUCCGGUUGGCUAAAGCUUUGCUCAAGUUGGAAAAAUCGAAAGAAGCACAGAUCUGUCUGGAGGAACUGGUGCGACGGUUUCCAUCGUAUGCGAAGAAUCCUGGCAUCCUCAUGCUGGAGAAGGAUAUAGGGAUUGAGAUAGAAAAGGCACGGCACCGGACCACGUUGGGUCGAAACCCGGAUCUUGAAAACGAAAGCUACUCGGAAAAGGAAAAGUACUGGCGAUCGAUGUCGAUGGAUUACGAGCAGCGUUACAUCGGGCAUUGCAACACGAAGACCGACAUCAAAGAGGCGAACUAUUUUGGAGAUUCUAACUACAUCGUAGCUGGUUCCGAUGAUGGCAAUUUCUUCAUCUGGGAUCGGCACAGCGGUAUCAUCCAUUCGAUCUUUCAAGCCGACGAGCUGAUUGUCAACUGUGUCCAGCCGCAUCCGUUCACCUGCAUGCUGGCGACGAGUGGCAUUGACCACGAAGUGCGCCUCUGGUCACCCCAGUCGCCAGAGAAACCAGCCAUGCGACGAGUGCUUAAUGUCGACAAUGUCGUUGACGACAAUCAGACUCAUAUGCAGAUCGAUCCGUUCGAUUCGAUUGCACCGGACCAGGCAAUCUGUCGGGCUAGUUAG